CUUUGAUGGUGCCUUCAUGUUCCCAUCCCACCUAUCUUCUUCCUCCCGCCGCCCUCGUCUCCCUUUCCCAUUUCCUUUCUUGAUUUUGCCCUUCAUCUUCAAUCUUCUUUUUUAAUUUCUUUAGAAUCUUAGUUUUCUCUGGGUCGAUUUUCUCAGUUUACUUCGUUUUUCUCAUCUGAUUUCGAUUAUUUACCGAUGGGGAGAGCCAGAGGUGCCGCCGUCUCCGCCGCAGCAGUGAAACCGGGAGUUGAACACAACGGAUCUUUGAAAGAACCGAGGUACAGAGGUGUUAGAAAAAGGCCAUGGGGAAGAUUCGCCGCCGAGAUAAGAGACCCAUGCAAAAAGACCCGAGUUUGGCUCGGGACUUUCGACUCGGCCGAAGACGCCGCUCGAGCCUACGAUGCGGCUGCGAGGUCACUCCGUGGAGCCAAAGCGAAAACGAAUUUCCCCGUAGAUCUCACCGAUACCCCACCUUUCGUAGAUGGUUUCGUUGACCGCCGUAAUUUUCAAGACCCGGAAGUGAACCCACAGAGACCCGCGAGGAGUGGCAUGAGCAGUACGGUGGACUCGUUCAGUGGGCCGAGACCGACGGCUGGACCGCCACAGAUCUCGACAGAUUUCGCGGCGGUCUCGGCUCGGAAGCGUCAUCCGAGAACACCGCCUCUGGUGCCGGAGGAUUGUCAUAGUGACUGCGAUUCGUCGUCGUCGGUCGUUGAUGAUGUGGAUAUCGGUUCGUGCCGGAUAAUGUUGCCUUUUGAUCUCAAUUUUCCACCGUUGGAUGAAGCCGAUGAUCUCCAGUUUACUGUUCUACGCCUUUGAUCACCAUGAUGAUGAUGACGACAGAUUAUUGAAUUUUUCUUUUCUUUUUUAAAGGGAAAAAAGAGAGACGAUUGAUGAAACUGGGCUUAAUUGGUAUGGAAUCUGUCUUUGAUUUUUAUCGCCUCAUA